AUGGAGGCCAUCUGGCUCUACCAGUUCCGCCUCAUCGUCAUCGGCGACUCCACCGUGGGCAAGUCCUGCCUCAUCCGCCGCUUCACCGAGGGCCGCUUCGCCCAGAUCUCCGACCCCACCGUGGGCGUGGAUUUCUUCUCCAGGCUGGUGGAGAUCGAGCCUGGCAAGAGGAUCAAGCUGCAGAUCUGGGACACGGCCGGGCAGGAGCGGUUCCGGUCCAUCACCAGAGCCUACUACAGGAACUCGGUGGGAGGGCUCCUCCUGUUUGACAUUACAAACCGCAGGUCCUUCCAGAACGUGCACGAGUGGCUGGAGGAGACCAAGGUGCACGUGCAGCCCUACCAGAUCGUGUUCGUGCUGGUGGGCCACAAGUGUGACCUGGACACGCAGCGCCAGGUGACGCGGCACGAGGCCGAGAAGCUGGCGGCCGCCUACGGCAUGCGCUACAUCGAGACCUCGGCGCGCGACGCCAUCAACGUGGAGAAGGCCUUCACCGACCUCACCCGGGACAUCUACGAGCUGGUGAAGCGCGGGGACAUUUCCAUCCAGGAGGGAUGGGAAGGGGUAAAGAGCGGGUUCGUCCCGAACGUGGUGCACUCCUCAGAGGAGGUGGUGAAAUCAGAUAGGCGGUGCUUGUGCUGAGCUCCCCUAGGGAGGCGCGUGGUGAUGAACUCUACUAACCAAACGUACUUUACUCAGUGAACUCGGUGUGACGGGAGGGAGAGCGGCGCUCCCGUGGUGAACAGCCUCUCCCACGUUGUUUUGGACACCAGGACAGACCCUGGGAAGAAAUGUUCUGUUCCAAAUAACCUUUCAGAACCGGGGGUACAGACCUGAAGGAGAGCGAGUGAGGGUGCAUGUGGAUGUUGUAAGGAGACAGGGAGCAGAAACGAGGGGCUGCACAACGCAGGAGGGAGUAUACAGAGCUGAACGGGCUGCUGUACGCAGGGUACUGUACAUGUUCUCUUUAGGUAAACCCACAGCUCCCUGCUGGCUUUUGGAGCCACAGGGUGGAUACUCGGUCGCACGACAAACAGGCAGACAGAAAGCAGGAGGGCAUCUUGGUCUGUGCCAGCUGUUUCUUUCCAGGAAGGUCUAAAGGCAGCACAGAUACCAUUUCCUCGUAAGGUCAGUUCCACAGGAGAAGUUUACUGACAUGGUGUGCACACUUCUGAGUUUUCUUUCUCAUGUUCUUGAACCUAGUUCGAUAGCAAAGCAUAUUUUGUGGGAUUUAAAGAGGAAAACAGUAGUUAUUUGAUUAGUAAUUAAUAUUUAAAUUAUUCCUCCCUUAACAGUGUCUUUCUUGCUGUGCUGAACCAUGACUCUAAGUGGCAACUCUUGCUGCAGUAGGCAUUAUUCAAUGCAGUUUUUACUCAUUUACUGCCUGGGUGAGUACCUUGAAAGUCCCCCAAGUUCAGGGCUUUCCAGUGAAGUGAUCAAGGGCAUAAAGAGAGAACCAUGUCCUCAGGUGUGAUGUCUUAAAGCUGGGGUGCUGCAGCCAGGUGGGACACCCCAUUUCUGUCUCAGUAACAGCACUGAUGGCCUCACCAGCCAGGGCACAAGGAGGGAGGGAAAAAAGAAACCCAACCAAAUGAAAAACUUGAAAAGCUUAACUCAGGUGCAUCAGACGUCCUAAAAAGUGAGAUUUGCUGUUAAAGAAGUUAAAUGGCAUUGAAAGCAAGAGCUUCCCUUGGUACUUUCUGCUGUUAAAGUGUCAUUUUCUGUCUCGGCCUCUGUGGAGAGAAGUGGCACUGGGAGGGUGGAACACACAGCAGGAGUGUCUGAGCAGGAGGAAAGGAAAGCCUCAAGACACACUCAAGAGUAAAAUUUGUUUUCCUCCACGUUUUAUGUGACAAAAGAGGACCCAUCUCAGGUUGGCCGUGAUGGGUGGCAGCCAUGUCACAAAAGCUGUGUGGAAGUGGAUGUUUUCUGGGAAUGCCAUUCACCACUUAAAGCUUUGCUUCUGCCAAAUUUUAACCCAAGCUUUUGAAGUGCAGUGGGGUGACUGCAAAUUAGGGAAGUUCAGCCUAUUGAAAGUGAACAAACAAAACUGUAGUGACUCUUUUACUUGUGUUUGAAAGCUUUAUACACCAAACUGCAGUGGGCAGGAGGGGGAAUUAGGUAAAAGCCACAGGAAGCACCUAGUGUUUAUUUUAGGCCUCUGAGUAGAGAAAAAGAAAAUAUUUGUUCCAGCUCUUUAAUCUGCCCCAUCUACAGAAAUACAGGUCUUGAUUGCUGUUGAGUUCAGACUGUUUCUCCUUCUGAACCCGUUCUCACAGUUUGCAGCAGCACAGGGGCAGGUCUGAAUUAAGAAAAAAGCCCUGUGGUUUCCGUAUUGAAGCUGUAAAAAAACCCCAAACCUGCAGCAAACCCAGCCCAACAACCUGAACCCUGAACACUUUUGUUUUUGGUGUUCUAGGAACAAUUUCAGUCUGCACCUGCUGGGAGGGCACAGGGAGCCAGGACAGGGGUGGCAGGGGCCUGGCACUUCUUGGUGAGUUUGUCCCUGCUUGAACAGGCUGUGGAAGUGUCCAACACCUCUGCCAGAGGCCAGGGAAUGCCAGGCACUUGUGGCUGAGCGCCCUGAAGAUAAAAAAAAGAGAGAAAGGUAUGCCUUUUCCAAAAUCUGUUUGUGGGUGAGCACAGGUGGGUGCAGGGAGCCCCCAGGGCAGGUUUGAUCAGAGCAUUUCACACAGGGACCAAAGGGUCACCUGCUGUUCCCUGGAUGGAAACUGCAGCUUUUGGAGCCCAGGGGGGUGUGGGGGUGUCUGGCUGAGGACAGCAGCAGCCCCAGGGGGACGUGAGGGGCACUGAGGAGUUGGAUCAGACAUUUUAGCAAUAGUCAAAUUCUGUAAUUCCCUGUGUGAGAGCCUGGCCAGAGAGGAACGAUCACUUCUCAUGAGACAAACAAUAUUUUAUUUAAUGGGUUUUGGACAUUCCCCUUUACUGCUCCCAGGGAGAAAUUCCAGAGUGAAUCUUCAAUUUAAAUAUAGAAGUGUUGUAAUUCUAAAGAGGAACAAUACAGAAGAAAAUGUACACGGUCUUAACUACUUAGAGUUAAUAAAUUGUUAUAUUAAAUGAUAGAGAAAUCAUUACCUACAUCUUUUUCUAAUUCCUUGCAUUUUCUAGACAGCUUAUUAAAAUAUAGGAAAUGUAGAUUCAUCUGUACAAAAUUUGGAAUGUUUUUUCUAAGAUGAAGAACUUAUUGGAUAUGCUAAGAAUUCUUUUCUAACAACUGGUUUUAAUGCUUUGACUUAGAGGGACUUUGAGAAAUCAGAAGGUGAUACCUCUCACAGGCUAAAGGUCAGGAGCUCUUAUACUCUAGGACAAAAAGAGAAAAAAAAAAAGCAAAACCUAACUUUCUGUGGUGUGUACCACAUGUUAAAAACAAUCUGCAUGUUAGACUGAACCUGCUCAGAACCUCCAGAAUACAAGCGUACUUUACACUGUCCUCGCUUUGUUAUGCACUGUAACGAAAUGUGAAAAUAAUGCUGUAUUUAGCUGUCUGUACGUGACUGAAAAUAUGCUUGUAUUUAGCAAAAUGGUUACUACGUGAUAAUGUGAAAUUCAAAACUUGUAAAGAAACUUUGGUGGGUUUUUUUUUUUCCUUUUCCCCCUGUCAGUUCU